GACGUGUGCUGGACCCACCCUGGCCCCGCGCUGGAGCGGAGGGUCGCUGUGGCUGAGAGGCGGGCGUUGGAGAAGCAGCUUCACGGAGCAGCUUCACGGAGCGAAAGAUGGCGACAGUCUGGAGGUUGCUGCAGCGAUUCUGGAGCUGAUACUGGACAGAAGAGGAGAGACUGAGCAAAUAAAACGACUACGUUACAAGCAAAGACAAUGUCCCGCUCUCCUGACAAUGAGGAUGGAUGCUCUGUUGCCAUGGAUACUGAGGACAGUGGUACUGAGCCUGCUGGGAUAACAGAGGAAAACACGGGGUCAUACAGAAAAGUGGAGAACAUGGACACUUUCGCCAAAGGAGGCGGGAGGACAAUGUUGGAGUUACCAGAGGAAGUUCUGGAAUAUAUUUUGUCAUUCUUAUCACCGUACCAAGAGCAAAAGACUGCUGCACUUGUAUGUAAGCAGUGGUAUCGCCUCAUUAAAGGUGUAGCUUAUCAGUGCUACCAUGGUUUUCUGAGGGCAGUUCAGGAGGGCAAUAUCCAAUGGGAAAGUAGGACAUACCCAUAUCCAGGAACUCCAAUUACACAACGCUUUUCACACAGUGCUUGCUACUACGACUCAAAUCAAUCCAUGUAUGUGUUUGGGGGCUGUACCCAGAGUAGCUGCAAUGCUGCCUUUAACGACUUAUGGAGACUUGAUCUUAACAGCAAAGAGUGGAUCCGUCCUUUAGCUUCAGGGUCAUAUCCUUCUCCUAAAGCCGGAGCUACUUUAGUAAUGCACAAAGAUCUGCUGGUCCUGUUUGGUGGAUGGACACGACCCAGUCCAUAUCCACUCCAUCAGCCAGAACGCUUCUUUGAUGAAAUCCACACCUACUCUCCUUCAAAGAACUGGUGGAACUGUAUAGUAACAACACAUGGACCUCCACCUAUGGCAGGCCACUCUUCAUCUGUAAUAGGAAACACAAUGGUGGUUUUUGGAGGAUCUUUAGGAGCUCGGCAAAUGAGUAAUGAAGUUUGGGUUUUGGAUCUAGAGCAGUGGUCAUGGUCAAAGCCACCCAUCUCUGGAUCUUCACCACACCCAAGAGGAGGCCAGUCCCAGAUUGCGAUUGAUGAUCAGACAUUGCUCAUUUUGGGAGGCUGUGGUGGUCCAAAUGCACUUCUCAAAGAUGCCUGGCUCCUUCACAUGGGUACACCACCAUGGAGGUGGCAACAGCUUCAAGUAGAAAAUGAGGACCAUGGUGCCCCUGAACUUUGGUGCCACCCGGCUUGUAAAGUGGGACAGUGUGUGGUAGUUUUCUCCCAGGCUCCAUCAGGCCGUGCACCUCUUAGUCCGAGUCUUAACUCUCGGCCAUCCCCCAUAAGUGCCACACCUGCCCCGCUGGGCCCUGAGCCUCCCUCGCUCCGCUCGCAGUCUCCUGUGCGUAGUGGGGCAGCUGGGGUGGUCCUGGGAGCUGUAGAAGAAGCUCCCUGUGUGAAUGGCCGCUGGGGUACACUGCGACCUCGCCCUUCAGCCAGAGGAAGUGCCAAAGAAGGAAGUCCCUCUUCAUCGCAACAGGCCUCUCCUUUACAAGCUCCAGACAGUCCUCCACUCGCCCCUUUGUUGAAUGGCACCUCUCCACCUCCACGCAGCAGCCCUGCCCAGGCUUCAUCUCCACCCCUUCGCCUUCAUCCACCUGCCCCCACAGACUAUGGAUGGGAGUCUCCUUCUGUCUCCCAUCACCCUGAGGUGGCCACUACCAAUGGUCUGCACACCCCUCCUUCAGGGUCCCCUCGCACUCCUCCGGGUGCUGUAUCUCCCGCUGCUCUCCGGCGAGGGCUGGAAGCAGUCAAAAACAAGUCUUCUGUGCUCUCGUCCUCAUCUGCGCCUCCUUCAUCCUCUGCAUCUUCUCUCCAGAACCAGAAUCCAGGAAGUAGUGGAGGAGCUGGUCCUCCUGGAACUCCUCCCUCCUCCCACAGCCCCCCGCAGGCAGCUGCAGCCGAUGGACAUGCUAUCCCACCUAUUGCACGGCGGCUUGGCCACCACCCGCCUCAAAGCCUAAAUGUCGGCAAGCCUCUUUAUCAGUCACUUAACUGCAAGCCCAUGCAGAUGUAUGUGUUGGAUGUAUCCAGGGCCAAAUCUGCUGCUGUGGUGUCUUGGCGAGUUUAUGGAAAUGGGACUCCCGCUGCAGUGACAGGACCUCCAGAGACCAGUUUGCACACUGUGGUACAGGGCAGGGGAGAGCUCAUUAUCUUUGGAGGUCUAAUGGACAAAAAGCAGAACGUAAAGUACUACCCUAAAACUAAUGCCUUGUACUUUGUGCGUGCUAAAAGGUAAUGCAGUACUGAAGUGACAACUGGAAGACUGACAUGCCACCUAGUGACAGAACAAGGGAACUGACACCUAAGGCCUUUUUCAAAAAUAAAGGUUUAUGGGAAAAGGAUUAUGAUAUUGUUAGUUGUAUUAUUAAAUUCUCCAUUUGCCUAUGACAAACAUACAAAAUCAAACUCUCACACUUUCAUUCGAGCUUUAGUUGUUGAAGAGAACAUUAUUGUUUCCAACAAUGAUACUGUAACACUUUAGUUGUACCCCUCUUCUGGACUUUGAAAAGAUGAAACCUGUUGUUGGCGUACAACUCCUUUUGCUUUUUGUAUCACUCUUACAGCCUGCAAAGUUUACAUUUACAAGUGUGAGUGUGUGUGAGUGUGCACGGUGGUGGUUAAAGGUUGUUGACUAAUGUGUGUAGGGGGCCAUGAGUGGUGGCACUGUACUAUAUCAACAUAGUUAAACAAUAAAGGCCUCCAUGUCUG